CUAAAUAGUCUUUUUAACACUAGCGCGCAAGUUAGACUACUAAGUCUAUAAAUACUAAACGGCACCAUUUUCUGGCCGGUAAAUUUCAGUAUCGAAUGAUCCUCCAAAAGAUAAACCCCCAAAAAUGAGGAGUCAACCUCCGUCGUCACCGCCUAAACCCGAAGAGGACCCGGAUCCAUCGGCCCGACCUGCUCCGUUCCCUAACCAAACUCUCCCUCCAACCACCGCCACCACCGCCGCCGGUCAUCGGAAAAAAGGGACCGGUGUUCGAGCAUGGCUUAUACUGGACUCGACAUGCCAAACCCAGAUGGUGGAAGCCGGAAAACAUGCUAUCAUGAGACGUACGGGUUUGCCCGCUCGAGAUCUUCGGAUCUUGGACCCGCUGUUGUCGUACCCAUCGACGAUUCUUGGUCGAGAAAGGGCGAUCGUGAUUAAUUUGGAGCAUAUCAAGGCAAUCAUCACGGCUCAAGAGGUUUUGCUUUUAAAUUCUAAGGAUCCUUCAGUUACGCCCUUUGUUGAUGAGAUACAGAGCCGAAUUUUGUGCCAUUAUCAAGCUACUAAAGACCAGGAAGGUGGUGUUGACGAUUCCAGCUACAUAAUUCGAUCGAGUUCUCAAAAUUUGUCGUCAAGGUUUUCACAGAGUCAAACUCAGGAUGAUGAAGGUAAAUUAGAAGAGAAACAGAGUCUUGAAAACCCAAAUGGCUCGAAGAUUCUCCCAUUUGAAUUCGUUGCAUUGGAAGCAUGCCUCGAAGCUGCUUGCAGCUGCUUAGAAAAUGAAGCAAAGACAUUGGAGCAAGAGGCACAUCCGGCCUUAGAUAAAUUGACUUCUAAGAUUAGUACUCUCAAUUUGGAGCGUGUUCGCCAAAUUAAAAGCCGAUUAGUUGCAAUAACAGGACGUGUCCAAAAGGUAAGGGAUGAAUUGGAACACUUGCUCGAUGAUGAUGAAGAUAUGGCCGAGAUGUAUUUAACUGAGAAACAACUACUUGAAAAUUCUUCAACCUCAUCUAUGAAUGAGAGGGAUGAUAUGGAUGAUGACGUUCUUCGACCAGACAUCAAUGAGAGGACACCUGCUGAAAUCUCCUUGGCAGCCAAUUAUGAAGGUGAUAUCCAAGACUCCGAUAACCCCCAGGAUAAUAUGUUUGGUGCUACCAAUGCCAUUGGCCGAGACAGCCAUGGAACUCAUACAAGUACCACUCGCAGUGCUAUCAGCAAGCAUCUUGAUGUAGAAGAGUUAGAAAUGCUCUUGGAAGCAUACUUUGUUCAAAUUGACGGUACACUGAACAAGCUAUCCACGCUGAGGGAAUAUGUCGAUGACACAGAGGACUACAUUAAUAUAAUGCUUGAUGACAAACAGAACCAUCUCCUUCAAAUGGGAGUCAUGCUAACAACGGCAACCCUUGUCAUCAGCGCUUUUAUCGUAGUUGCAGGUAUCUUUGGCAUGAACAUCCAUAUCGAGCUAUUCGAUGAAGAUAAAGCAGGGAUGCCAGAGUUUCUGUGGACAAUUGGAGGUGGUGCCGCCGGCUCGAUAUUCCUUUAUGUGAUAGCUAUCGCGUGGUGUAAGUACAAGCGAUUAUUAGAGUAAGUCUUCCGAGACCGUACUGUGUAUCGCAUGAAACCAUAUGAAAAAAAUAACAUGAAAUUGAAACAUCUAUUGUAUAAACUUUUCUGGUGAAACCAUAUGAAAAAAAUAACAUGAAAUUGAAACAUCUAUUGUAUAAACUUUUCUGGAAUGUUGGACACGAUAAGCUUAUUAUUUUUUUACUA